AUGAUGAAAGCCUCCCGAAUUAUGUUCUUGAUCAUCCUGGCUAUGGCGGUGAUUCCGUCUACGAUCAAAGCAAUGAAUCCAAGAAAGCUUGAUGAAACCACCAACCCUGUAGGAACACCGGAUGACCAGAUAAAGUGUGGAAGUUGUCCCUGUGGAACGACUUGCUACGCCAGUCCUCCACCUCCAUCACCAUCGCCGCCGCCUCCAUCUCCACCACCACCGCCGAAGAAGAAGCCGCCUCCAUCUUCCGGUGCGAACUGCCCACCACCUCCGUAUAGUGGAGGUGGAGGUGGAGGUGGAGGUGGGCUAGCCCCGCCCAAUUACAUUUACAUAACUGGUCCACCAGGUGACCUGUAUCCCGUUGUGCAAUCUAUCUCGGGUGGUGAUCGGAGCUUCACGGUGGUGCUGCCGCGUCUGGUGAUGUGUGGAUUAGUGGGUAUGGUAGCUUUAUUGUGA